CAGUCCAGAAGCAAGUGACAGUGGAAGUGCACCAGCUGUAGAUCAUAUGAAAGAUUUCUCAACAGAAUAUGCCAAGUCCAAUCGAAGUACUUGUCGUGGAUGUGAAUCAAAGAUUGAAAAGGGUGAAGUUAGGGUGUCAAAGAAAGACUAUGAAAGCCAGAGAUCCAAAAUGUAUGGUCCUCAGCCUAUGUGGUAUCACGUGGACUGUUUUGUAGAAAACCGAGAAAAGCUGGAGUUCUAUGAAUCAGCUGAGAAGAUUCCUGGUUUUAGAACAUUAGGUGUUGAGGACCAGAAAUCCCUUAAAGAAAAACUGAAAAAAGUAAAUGGGAAACGAAAAGGUGAUACAGUAGAUGGUCCAGUGAAAAAGCAGAAAACUACAUCUAAAGAAGAAAAGAAGUUAAAGGUUCAAAAUGAACAGCUGUACAAAUACCAUGACAUGUUAAAAAUGCACCUCAGUAAGAAACAGCUGCAGGAAUUGCUUGAGUACAAUCAGCAGAAGGUUCCUUCUGGAACAAGCAAGCUGCUGAGUGCAUUGUCAGACUGUAUGGUUUUUGGUGCUCUGGAGCCAUGUGAAGAGUGUGAAGGUGGUCAAUUAACCUUCCAUGAGGAUGGUUACCACUGCACGGGCAAUGUUACUGGAUGGACAAAGUGUGCUUUUGUCACGAAAACACCAAAUCGAAAGCCAUUCAAAAUACCAAAGCAAUACCUUGAAGAUUUUGAUUUUCUCAAAAACUACAAAUAUGAGAAAAGAAAUCGCUUAUUUCCAACCCAAAAGGAGGGACCAUCUAAACCAUCAACAUCCAAAGUAGAUAGCAGUCGACCAUUAGAAGGAAUGAAAUUGGCUGUUGUAGGAAAGUUACCAUUGAGUAAAGAUGAAAUUACAACCAAAGUUGAAAAAUUGGGGGGGAAGUUAGUGACAAAGAUAGACAAAAGUGUUGCCUGUGUUAUCAGUAGUAAGGAUGAAGUGAAGAACAACAACAAGAAACUCCAGACAGCCAAAGAAGCUGAUGUUCAUGUUGUUUCGAUCGACUUCUUGGAUGCAGUCCAGAAAGGAGGUGGAACGUUGGUGAUCCAGCAGUGUAGUAUUGCAUCAUGGGGAGGGAAUCCUGAAGACAGAAUAGCUGAUCCUGUAAAAAGUACAAAGUCUAGUGAAGAGAAGUACUUUACAAAAAGUUUGCCUGCAAAAGUUAAGAUGAAAGUGAAAGGAGGUGCUGCUGUUGACCCUGAUUCUGGGUUAGAAGACAAAGCCCAUGUGUUAGAAGAGAACAAAAAUAUCUACAAUGCUGUUCUGGGGAUGGUGGACAUAACCAGAGGAACUAACUCUUUCUACAAACUCCAGGUUCUUGAGUCUGACAAGAUAUCUAGCUAUUGGGUGUUUCGAGCUUGGGGACGUGUUGGAACAACAAUAGGAGGAAACAAACUUGAAAAAUUCCCAACGAAACUAGAUGCUAUUCUGGAAUUCAAACGACUGUAUGAGGAGAAAACGGGGAAUGUUUGGGAACAGAGAGAGAAUUUUGUCAAACACCCUAAUAAAUUUUACCCUCUUGAGAUAGACUAUGGUCAGGAUGAAGAGGAUCUUCAAAUUCAUUUAAAACCAGGCAGUAGAUCAAAGCUUCCAGAACCAGUUCAAGAACUCAUCUGCAUGAUAUUUGAUGUGGAGAAGAUGAAAAAGGCUAUGGUUGAAUUUGAGAUUGACAUGAAGAAGAUGCCAUUAGGAAAGCUUUCCAAGAGGCAAAUUGAAAGUGCUUAUUCUGUUCUUACAGAAUUGCAAGAGCUCAUAAAAACUAAAGGCAGUCAAACAAUGUUUCUUGAUGCUUCAAAUCGUUUUUAUACUCUCAUCCCCCAUGAUUUUGGAAUGAAAAAACCCCCUCUGUUGGACAAAGAAGAAAUCAUAAAGAAUAAACUUGAGAUGCUAGACUCUCUGCUAGAGAUUGAGGUAGCCUAUAACCUCCUGAAAGAUGCUUCAUCUGACUCAAGCAAGGACCCCAUUGAUGUUCAUUAUGAACAGCUCAAGACAAAGAUUGAAGUACUGGACAAAGAGUGUGAUGAAUUCAAAAUGUUGGAGACAUAUGUCAGCAAUACUCAUGCAGAAACCCAUAAUACAUACACUCUGGACGUUAUGGAGGUGUUCAAAGUAAAUAGGCAAGGUGAAGCUAAAAGAUAUAAACCUUUCAAGAAACUACACAACAGAAAGCUUCUGUGGCAUGGAUCUCGAGUAACCAAUUAUGUAGGGAUUUUGUCUCAGGGUUUGCGUAUAGCUCCACCAGAAGCUCCUGUGACUGGCUACAUGUUUGGAAAAGGAAUUUACUUUGCUGACAUGGUUUCAAAAAGUGCCAAUUACUGCCACACUAACAAGAAUAACCCAGAAGGUCUUAUGAUGGUCUGUGAGGUGGCUCUUGGAAAUAUGUAUGAAAAAACUCAAGCCGAAAUGAUUAAAAAACUUCCUCAGAAUAAACACAGUACUAAAGGUCUUGGACGAACUGAGCCAGAUCCUCAAGCUCUGAUUACCACACCAGAUGGCACCGAAGUCCCUCUAGGAAAACCUGUUUCUGCUGCUGUUCCCAACACAUCUUUAUUGUACAAUGAAUACAUUGUGUAUGAUACUGCUCAGGUGAAUAUCAAAUACUUGUUGAAACUGAAGUUUAACUGGAAGUACUAGGGUUAUGUACCAUGCUGUUGCUUGUCUUUCUAGGAUCAGACUAAAGUCUGUAUAAUGUUAUUUGAACUGUGAAGUUUAUUAAAAUGUGGGAACUUGUUUGUUAUACAUUAAACAUGUAUCAUUUAUUGCUUAAAAUACUAUGUUUUAGUGUGAAGAGCAGUUUUUUCUUCAGACUGUGAACAAAAGACUUGCAUUUUUUAUGUUUAACAAUCAUAUAACAUCUUGUACUAAGUGUUGCCUUGUAUAAUAGUUUACAAGAAGAAAAGCAGUUUAAGUAAGUAUUUUUAUUAUUAUUAGAUUCAGUAACAGUUCUUGGAUGAUGAGAAAUUAUCUACUCUAAGUAGCAGGUUUCAGUGAUUUUACUUUUGUGCCAUAAAAAUAGAAAAUGAUGGUUCAUAAGUAACCAAGUUAAUGUCUUUCAAAAAUUUCUUAUAUUGGUAACAUAUGUAUUAUAUGUUUAGUUCAAAAUGCAAGUAAAACCAAGAUUGAAGAUAAGGUUUUCAAUGGAGCCAAGUGAGCUAAUACUUUCUAGAAUGUUUCAUCACAGGUAGAAAUAAAGCUUAACAGAAACAGCAGCAGUGAGUUUUUACUGUUAAGGUGUGAAAAUGAGACUAAGAAACAUCUUUGCUUCUGUGUUAAGGGAUUACAUAAGACUAACAUUGCCACCAGGGGUCUUUCCAACUCUUGCAGGUUACUUUGGUCUUAAUAAAUAAGUAGGAAAAGUACCACAAAGACAGAAUGUAUGGCUGUAAUGAACCGUGACAGUUGAAUCUCGAUAGAAAGUAGGUGAAUAUUUAGUUGGGACCAAGUGAAACAAUUUUCUAAGUUAUGUACACUGUUUAGUAUAAUUGUUAGAAAAAACAAUAUUGGGUAUUCUAACUUAACUAAAGGAAACCUGCUGUGAAUAAUGAUAGUAGAAUUGUUAGAACAAUAAAGAAUAAGUAUUGUAACUUUACUAAACAAAAGUAUUGUUCUCACUGGUGUUACUUGUAUGAGGCAGCUUAGUCAUGUUGCAGAAGAUACUUUGGAAACACUGAACAUAUUAAAACUCUUUGUAGCCAGAGUUAAGGCAACUCUUGAUACUGUGUUUUAUAAAUUAGGUUGAACAUUGGAUUCUGUAUACUGGUAUUUCUAAUAACCUUGCAGUUCCUGUAAUGAAGACAUUUUAAACUUCAGUAUGCAUAUAGCUCAAGAGAAGUAGCUUACAUAGUAUUAAAGAUAUCAGCAAAUACUGAUAGAUUUUUAGACAUUGCUUGGAUAAAAAUGCCUUCCGGGGAAUGGCAACAUUAAGUUGUAUGUAUGUGUUCACUACAAAUAAAACUUAUCCUGUUCUGUA